CUUUCAUUAUGGGUGUUCCAAAGUUUUUUUCGCUGGCUGAGUGAGCGGUAUCCUGCGAUCAGCAUGCUGAUCGCAGAGAGCCGCAUCCCCGAGUUCGACAGUCUUUACCUUGAUAUGAACGGUAUUAUUCACAACUGCACACACAAAGAUAGUGACUCCCCGACGUUUCGCAUGACAGAGGAGCAGAUGUUUAUUGCGAUUUUUAACUAUAUCGAGCAUCUCUUCGGCAAGAUCAAACCGAAAAAGUUGUUCUUCAUGGCAGUGGAUGGAGUCGCUCCCCGCGCUAAGAUGAAUCAGCAGCGUGCACGUCGUUUCAGAACGGCACUUGAUGCCGAGAAGGCCAAAGACAAGGCCAUCCAACAAGGCCUUGAGAUGCCAAAAGAAGACCCCUUUGAUAGCAACUGCAUUACCCCCGGUACUGAGUUUAUGGCAAAGUUGACCCAACAAUUGAAGUAUUUUAUCAACAAAAAGAUUUCCGAGGAUACAGAUUGGCAGGGCGUCGAGAUUGUCCUAUCAGGCCACGAAGUCCCCGGUGAGGGCGAGCAUAAAAUCAUGGAAUACAUCCGGAACGCGAAAGCGCAACCCGAUUACCAUCCCAAUGUUCGCCAUUGUCUCUAUGGUCUGGAUGCGGAUCUUAUUAUGUUGGGUCUUCUUAGUCAUGACCCUCAUUUCUGUUUGCUUCGGGAAGAAGUUACUUUUGGCCGUCAGGUUCAGAAAAAGCCCAAAGAACUCGAGCAUCAGAAUUUCUAUCUCUUGCAUUUAAGCAUGGUUCGGGAGUAUCUGGAAUUGGAGUUUCAGGAACUAGAGCAAGAAGGUGCUCUGAAUUUCCCGUUUGACAUGGAACGAGUGAUUGAUGAUUUCAUUCUUAUGGCAUUCUUUGUUGGAAACGAUUUCUUACCAAACUUGCCCAACUUGCAUAUCAACGAAGGUGCGCUGGCACUCAUGUUCAAGAUAUACAAGAAUGUGUUGCGAAAGAUGGGUGGUUACAUCAAUGAGGAGGGUGUGAUCAACGUGCAAAGACUGGGGGUUCUGGUGGAAGCAUUGAGCCACGUUGAGUAUCGGUUCUUUGAAGCUGAGUAUUCUGAUGCCCAGUGGAUCAAAUCCAAGAAGAACGGAGACGAUGGCUCUAUGGAGCUACAGCAGAAACCAAAGGAAUUGACUAUGACAUCGGCUCAGAAGGAUAUUCUCAAAAUGGUUAAAAAGUUUGUGUUGAACAGACCGGGAAAGGCAUCCGAACGGAGGCCUUUGGAUUUUCCGCCUACCUUACCAGCUCGGGAUCGUGCGUUUGUGGAGCAACUUGCGGAUGAGCUGCGGCUUCCCUGGUCAACCACAGAAAACGAGAGCGGCGAUCGAUUCAUGCAGCUUCAACUGCCGCAAUCGCAAAGCGACAAUGACAAUGAUGAUGACGACGAAGACGAAGACGAAGAAGCAUCCAUGGCUAUUCAGCGUAUUAUUCGCAAAUACGAGAAGGCGAAGAUUCAGGAGAUGUCACCUGAGGAAGCACAACAAGCCGCUGAGGCCAAAUACGAAGCCAAGUUUCAGGAGUGGAAAGAUAAUUAUUAUCGGUCGAAAUUCGGCUGGGGACUUGAUAAUGAAGAGGAGAUGAAGCAGUUGACCGAGAACUACGUGCAAGGAUUGCAGUGGGUUUUGUUCUACUAUUACCGUGGAAUUGCGUCGUGGCCCUGGUUCUUUAAGUACCACUAUGCUCCUAUGAUUUCCGACGUGAAGAAGGGUCUGGGUGCAGAUAUGAACUUCCGACUUGGACAGCCUUUCCGCCCUUAUGAUCAGCUCAUGGGUGUCCUGCCUGACCGAAGUAAGAAGAUCGUGCCUCCAGCUUAUUGGGAUCUUAUGACGUCACCGGAAUCUCCUAUCAUCGACUUCUACCCCCGUGACUUUGAUUUGGAUAUGAAUGGGAAAAAGAUGGAGUGGGAAGCUGUGGUCAAAAUUCCCUUCAUUGACGAAAAGCGGCUUCUGGAUGCUUUAAAAACGAAGGAGAAGUACCUCAGCCACGAUGAAAAGGCCCGGAAUGACUUUGGAGUCAGCUUGAAGUUUACCUACUCCCCAGAGGUAAACUUCAUUUACCCUUCGUCUAUGCCUGGAGUUUUCCCCGACCUCCCAAACUGCCACUGUGUUGAAAAUGUCUUUGACCUUCCCGUGAUGGAUGGGCUUGAGCCCUAUAAUGGAUUGAUGACGGGUGUGCAAUUGGGUAAGGCGGCCCUGGCCGGCUUCCCUAGUUUGCAAACACUGCCGCAUGUCGGUCAACUGGGCUUCCAUGGAGUCUGUGUUUUCCAACAAGAAAGUCGCAACGAGAGCCAGGUCAUUACUCUCCUUGACCCGGGCAGCCGAUCUAAUAUCGAAUUGGCCAAGCAAAAGCUUGGAAAGCGAGUUCAUGUCGGAUAUCCAUUUUUGCAAGAAGCCCUUGUUGUUCGUGUCUCGGACGAGCUAUUUGACUACAUUCUCCCCCCGGGCGAGCAACACGUCGUGUCGAUACCUCACACCCCUCAACAGAUCGAACAAUUCAAAAAAAAGCAGACAAAAUCGAAAAUUCCUACAGCAAGCGUCUCGCUGCUUAAGGGCAUGGUCAAGACCGAUGAAGGCGCCACCAUCAAAGAAUUCGCAGACAUUCCUGGUCAAGAAACCGAUUAUGCUCUUCAGGUUGUGGUUGAUGAAGUUGUCAACCCUGACGAGCGUUUCAUUGAGCGAGAAGCUCUUCCAAUUGAAGAGGAGUUCCCGGAGAACUCUCGUGCCUUUUUCCUCGGGGAUUUCAAUUAUGGUCGACCUGUCCAUGUUACCGGACACGAAGGUGGCAAAGUUAAUGGUCUGAUCGCGGCUGUCAAAGGCAAGGAGCCCGAAUUCGGCCAGGAACGCGUCAAGCAGUCCGAAAAGACGUCGCCGUAUAUGCCUUCGUAUGCUAUCGCUCGCUCUCUGCGUCUCAAUCCACUGGUGCUAGCUAAGAUCACGUCUUCCUUCUCUGUUGAUAUUGAGGGCUCCCGCGUCAAUCUGGGAUUGAACCUCAAGUUUGAAGCCCGAAAGCAGAAAGUCCUUGGAUAUUCUCGUCGUGGAGAUUCCGGUUGGGAAUUCAGCCAGAAAGCUAUGGAAUUGCUCCAGAAUUACAUGAUCAAUUUCCCCGAGUUUAUUGCUGGUAUCCAGCGCAAUCCUCAGAAGGACCGUUAUGCUCCAACCGACUUCUACCCAGAGGAUAUUGCGUCCGUGAAAAUGAAAGAGAUUCGUGACUGGCUCAAGUCUAUUGAGGCAAAGAAUUUCGAGAGAGUACCUCUUGAAGCUGAGCAGCUUGACUCAGAUAUUGUCAAGUUGAUCGAACAGGAUGCUGAUAGCCUAAACACCUCACAACUACAAAUGCAACCCAAGAAGGUCCGUGGGGUUCCUCGCAGCGCGCUGCUUCGCCCUGCCGAUGUUGAGCACCGUCUGGGCAACCAGACAUUCAAGCUCGGAGAUCGAGUUGUGUAUGCUCAAGACUCUGGAAAAGUGCCAAUAGCUACUCGCGGAACCGUGGUUGGUUUGACAAGAACCCCGCGAACUCUUCUCCUGGACGUCGUUUUUGAUGCAUCAUUCAUGAGCGGUACCACCCUUGGUGAACGUUGCUCACCAUUCCGUGGACAGACCGUCCUCGCAUCAUCUGUCCUUAAUGUCUCCUAUCGCCAGCUUAUUGCCAGCUCUCGUGCCGCUACGAACCAGCAGACCCAGCAGCAAGCAACUCCUCUUACCGUUGCUGGCUACGGCGUCCCUACUGGUCCCAAUGGUCAGGGCCAGCUGAAAAACGCCUCGGCCCCUCCGCCAUUGAGAGGCUCCUUUCGAGGUGCUGUGACUGGCCAGGGGUCUCCCCGUGGUGGCCGUGGCGGUUUGAACAAUGGGCAGACGACUGCACUUCCCUUCCGGCCACAUACAAAUGGUGGGCCCCCACGUGGCCCUCGCGGUCGCGGUAGAGGAGGAUAUCAAAACCGAGGUGGAUACGUUACCGUUGACAACAGUGACCCAAGCGAGGGGAUCAUUCAGAACAAUCCUGAUUUCAGUCCUCAAAACUACACUCAGAUGCCUCCACCACAAGGACUGGACCGUGGACGGGGGCGGGGACGUGGACGUGGUAAUGGAUCCCGUGGUCGCGGUCGCGGUCGAGGCGCCGUCAAUGUAAAUGGCCAGUGA